AUGGUUUACAAGCCCUUUAAACCUCCUUUGAUCAGGAAACCAGAACAAUCCACUGAAAAGGUAGACGAGCAGGAACACCCCACCAAGAAGCCUCGCCUUGAGAAGGAAGAUCCGGUAGUCGACUCCGAAACGCGACCUGCAGCUCUCGCGAACCGGAAGCCUCUGCUGCAAGUCCAAAAUGUCGGCAAGGAUCUCACGGUGAAAGCGCCACCCGGAGCUGUCUCCAAGGAAGACGCCUCGUUUGAGAGAUUCUUCAAUGCGCUCUGGAGAAAACCGAGCACGAAGAAGAACAAAACAUGGGAUGGAGAUGGAAUACUCGCAUCCCGCCAAGGUUUUGUCUACCUACGUGACAUAGGAGGUAAGGAAAUGGGACGUGCCAUGUACGAAUCGAGCCUCGAGCCAGGGACCAUGCUGUAUAUUGGGGGAAAGGAAGUCGAACUUGACUCCGAGAUACCCCGCGCACAAUUCCUGUCUUCGAGAAAAUUUGCCCUAGACUCGAAACCCGCUCCAUCGCCACCUGUACCUUCCAAGAAAACACGACUACCCACAUCGAGGAGGGCCGAAGGGCGCACCUCCUCACUCGCCAUAGCUACCGGCUCCUUGAAGCGGACUUCUUCAGCGUUGGAAACUGGAACUGCGAUCAAAAAGUCCGGAUUGGGCGCAUAUAAAAAGCCUUUGCUGGAGGACACGGUAAUUCCGAUCAGCGCAGACAAGAUAGUCCCACGGCAUGACCCCAAUGCGGCAGGGGCGUUGAUCAUGCCUCGCCCAAGCUUGGUCCCGAAAGGAAAACAAAUCGUGGAUGUCGUCGUGGAUCCUCUACUGACAAAGAACCUGCGGCAACACCAGCGAGAAGGUGUUCGGUUUCUCUAUGAGUGUGUGAUGGGGAUGCGAGACUUCAACGGAGAGGGAGCGAUUCUCGCAGACGAUAUGGGCUUGGGAAAAACCCUUCAGACCAUCGCUUUGCUAUGGACAUUGCUAAAGCAGAAUCCCAUUUACGGAGACGCCCCGGAGAUCCGCAAGUGGCUUGGAAAUGAGCGGAUUGGGGUUUUUAUUAUGGAUGACAACCGGAAACGGUUGACUGAUUUUACCAAGGGCAAAGCCUACAGCAUCAUGAUUGUAGGAUACGAGAAACUCCGAACGGUGCAAGAGGGCCUGGCCAAAGGAUCUGGCGUCGAUAUCAUCAUUGCAGAUGAGGGUCAUCGCCUGAAGACCCUACAGAACAAAAGUGGACAAGCUAUCCAAUCCCUUAACGCCGCGAAGAGGGUCAUUCUCUCUGGAACCCCUAUCCAAAAUGACUUGCGAGAGUUUUUCGCAGCAGUCGAUCUUGUCAACCCCGGCGUUCUCGGAACUUUCAAAUCGUUUAUUCGAGAGUUUGAAACGCCAAUCGUUCGAAGCAGACAACCGGAAGCAACUCGCAAGGACAUUGAGAAGGGUGAGUCCAGGGGUGAAGAACUUAGGGAGCUCACCUCGAGGUUUAUUCUUCGCAGAACUGCCGAUGUCCUGGCCAAGUAUCUACCGCCAAAAUCCGAAUACGUUCUCUUCUGCAACCCAACUCGUGCCCAGGCCAAUAUCUACCAAGCCGUUCUUGCGUCACCCAUUUUCCAGACUGCCAUGGGAAAUGCUGAAAGUGCUCUACAACUGAUCACAAUUCUGAAGAAACUCUGCAAUAGCCCAUCCCUGUUAUCCGCAAAGAACAAUGACAAGAAGCCCAGCGAAACAAUUACCGCCCUUUUGGAGUCGUUACCCCCCAACCUCAUGCGCCAUUUUUCUCCAUCGGCAAGCGCCAAAGUUCGUGUAAUGGAUCAAAUUCUGGAUAGCAUGAGCACAAAAACUUCAGAGAAAAUCGUUCUGGUUUCUAACUAUACCUCCACCCUAAAUCUGUUGGCAACACUUCUCACAUCUCUUGGUCUGCCUUUUCUCCGAUUAGACGGGAGCACCCCUGCUCAGAAACGACAGCCACUUGUCGACGACUUCAAUCGUUUGCCUGCUGAAUCGUGUUUUGCUUUCCUACUAUCCGCAAAAGCAGGUGGUACAGGCCUCAACCUCAUCGGUGCCAGCCGACUUAUUCUUUUCGACGUGGAUUGGAACCCUGCAACAGACAUCCAAGCCAUGGCCCGUAUUCAUCGUGAUGGACAAAAGAAUCAUUGUCGCAUCUAUCGCGUGAUUCUCAAGGGUAGCUUGGAGGAAAAGAUAUGGCAGCGCCAGGUUACCAAACUCGGACUGGCCGACAGUGUCAUGGAGAACAAAGACAGUGUUUCCCAAUUCUCCACCGCCGAAUUGCGAGAUCUCUUUCGUCUGGAUGAGGAAAGUCUCUGUCAAACACACGAUCUACUGGGAUGUGAGUGUGGGGGAAAGGGCAUUACAUCGUUACCAUCAUCUGGAGUGGCUACCCCGACCGAGCGAAGGGUGGACGACGAUUCGGGGCUUUCAGAGAUGAGUGAUGUCGGCUCAGACUAUGAACUCCCUGAAUUAGAUAUUCCUGCCUUGAUGAAAGCUUCAGAGGUCGACAUGGAGAAGCAAGAGCGCUCCAUCCGCGAAGCAUCGCGCCGCAAAUCGACCAAAAAAGAGAAUGGCAAGGUCAAGGAUCAAAAGGAGAAGAUGCACCAGUCUCUCGCUCAGUAUAUGCACAUCAAUCCGGCUUUACUUGCAUCAGGUAGCGGCGAGGAUGAAGAUAUGGCUGCUGCUGUCGAUGAUGAUGUGCUUGUGUCCUUACUCAAAGACGAGUGCAACCGAAUUGGGUAUAUCUUCAAAAAGACCAGUGGAGCGGAAGUGGAAACACGCAGCCCACCGCCAGAUAAGAAAUAA